AUGGAGGAGCAUGUGAGAGUUGUCGGUCCAAUGAAUGGGAAAUUUACAUUCCAAAAACACCCCGACGGCACCAUUGAUAAAGGUAGAGUGAUAUGCCUUAUUUGUAAGAAGGAGUUUGCUUACCACCGAAGCAGCUCAAGUUUAGCCUACCACAUCAAUGCAAAGCACCCGGUCGCGAGUGCCGCCGCCACAGUUAAUGUUAGCAGCAAAGACAUUAGCAAUUUAGCAAGCCACAGCAAAGCUCUUCACCAAACUAAACUCGAAGAGAACACCCCACGUAUGAGCAAGUUUGCAACCGACAGGCUGACAAAUGUUCUUGCCAAGUGGAUAGCGUUGAACUGCAGGCCGAUAAAUAUAGUGGAAGACAAGGGGUUAACAGAGGUGUUGCAAACUGCGUCCAAUGACCCGUCAUACAAGCCACCGUCCAGGUCGACACUGACGACCAAAAUCGGCAAGAUGUACGAUGGUGAAAAGAAAAACAAACUUGAGAUUUUGGUGAACGACUCGCCCAACUAUGUUGCUAUAACCGGAGAUCAAUGGACCUCAGCUGGCAAUCACAGCUAUUUGGGAGUGACCGGACACUUUAUUGAUGGUGAGUGGAACCUCAACUCAUUUGCACUGACCGUCAUGAAAACAGAAACCAGGCACUUUGCUGAUAAAUGUGUCGAACAGUUCCUCAAGGUGGUACAUGACUGGGGAAUUGAAAACAAGAUAUCCACCAUUGGUACAGACAAUGCAGCAAACAUGCUGGCUGCUAUGAGAACCCUUCCAUACGAGCACAUCGCCUGCAAUGCUCACCUUCUCCAGAGGACCAUCACGGUCUGCCUCGAUAGUAGUGGGUUUGCCGGUGUACUGGCAAAGUGCCCCAAGAUUGUUGGCCAUUUUAAACAAAGCCCUGCGAGUACCACAGAACUUAACCAGCAACAAGUAGCACUUGGAAAAAAAAGCGAGCAACUUGUACAAGAUGUACCGACCAGGUGGAAUUCAACACUAGCAAUGGUCUCACGCCUCCUAUGCAACCGAGAAGCUAUCCAGGCUACAUUGGACCAACAGAACCACAGAUUGGUCAUGCCAAACGAAGCUGAGUGGGGGAAACUGCAGAGGCUGGAGGUCCUGCUUGAACCAUGCAGGUAUUUGACUGAUCUGCUGGGUGGUGAGGCCUACGUCUCCUGCUCUGUAGUGCUGCCUGCUUUUUGCCAUCUGGACCGUGUCAUGGACAUCACUGAUGAUGAUCCAGCCUAUGUGGUAAAGUUCAAGAACGCGUUCCAGAGGGACCUGGCAGCACGCCGAGCUGAUGCCAAUGAGACAUGGUUCAAGUUGGCCACAGCACUGGAUCCACGUUUUAAGGAUUUGAAAUGUCUUCCAAGAGAAAAGAGGGAACAGGUGUGGACCAGUCUGGAGAACAUGCUCCAAGCAGCAGAGCCCAGAAGAGAAGCUACUCUCCAGCCCUCCACAGAGUAUGAUGAACCAGCUCAGAAGAAGAGGAGGAGCGUUCUCCUGCUGGGGUCUGACUCUGACUCAGAAGAAGAUGGAAUGAUGUCUGGAGAGCUGCAGCGCUACAGAGGAGAGCCCAGCAUCAGUAUUGAUGACUGUCCCCUGCAGUGGUGGUAUGCUCACUCAGGAGCCUAUGGAAAGCUGUCAGCCCUAGCACGCAAGUACCUGGCCUCCCCGGCAACCUCCAUACCUUGUGAAAGACCGUUUAACCUUGCAGGCCACGUAGUACAAAAGAAAAGGGCAGCUUUGCUCCCAGAAAAUGUGACCAAGUUGGUCUGUCUCAGCGACUGGCUGAAGAAGAAGAAAUAA